CGUGACUUUACAUACUUGUGAAUACUUUAAAGGUGGAUAUAUACAUAUAUUUAGGUGUUACUUGUUUAAAAAGAACAGACUUUUAAAAGUUAAUGUUUGCUUUUCUGUCACAUUAGCUGUCUGGUCUAUUUAGAUGUUGAAACCAUUUCGCGGUUAGUUAAGGUUCCUGUAUAAUUACAGUAUUUGUAAAUAUAUGAUACUCGCUUAUCUUAACAGAUUGAAUGUAAACGUUUCAGUAUCGGUCUCGUUGAUUUAUUGCUACAAUAUAUUUGUGAUAUGAACAUAUCCUGUUAACGCUGAAACUGGUUUUUGAACCUGUAUUUAAAUCUACCAAAAGAUCGUGUUACCUUCUAUGCUUGCUUGAAAAGUUCUAGAUUUGAAAAAUGGAUACGGAUUUUCACAAAACAGUACGAGUCGUCCUGACUGUUAUUUCAAUCCUUGCAUCUGUAACUAUUAGAGAAUCAACAGGUGUAACAAGUGCUGUGUUGAGAGAUCUACAAGAUGAUUUCUGGGACUGGCGUAUGAGUAACAAUCCUACAUACUCUUCAUACACGGGGAUGUACAAAUACAACGACCAGAUGGAAUCAUACGGUUUACAGGAGUUCGGAAAGAGAAGGAAUAUGACACUGAAGUAUAUACAGCGACUGUCUGAUAUAGAGAGGAAUGACCUUGACACAUACGAGAGGGUCAAUUACGACAUUCUGAAGGAUACACUUGAGACAUUCGUCGACGGUAAUUUAUGGGCAGAAUAUGGUGCAUUAAGCCCAAUCAGUUUUAUUACUGGCAUACAGCUCUUCAGUGGUCCAUACAUGGCUGACAGCCGCACAAGGGGAGAUUUUGAAAACUAUAUCGUGAGGCUCCAUGGUGUCCAGAAACAGGUUGAUGGAAUCAAAGAGCUUGGACUUCGCGCCAUAGCGCUGAAUAGAACAUUGCAUACUGUGUCCCUGACUAAAGUACCAGAGCAAAUUGAUGGAAAGAUAUUUGAGAAACCUGAAAAUUCAUCAUACUAUUCCCAUGCAUUUGGAGAAGCUCUUGACAGUUCACAUGUUUUAAAUGCAUCUGAUAGAGAAAACAUAAGGGAGCGGGGCCGAAUAGCAGUGACAGCCUAUAUGAAUGCCUUUAGAGAUCUGAAAAACUUCAUCAUCGACGAAUAUAUGCCGAAUGCACGACAUGAAUACGGGGUAUAUGCAUGGGAUCCUACACACGAAUAUUAUAAAGCUUGCCUAAAAUGGCAUUUGUCAUUUGAGAUGUCACCUGAAGACGUACAUGAUGUUGGAUUGAAAGAGGUAGACCGAAUAACCAAAGAAAUGCAUAAGAUCAUGGAUGGGCUUGGCUUUGAAGGAACAAUUGCAGAAUUCUUCGCCAGUUUGAAAGGAGAUCCGAGAUUCUAUUCAAAUGACACGGAUAAAAUUUUGAAAGCGUACAAUGACACCGUGUUUAAGAGAAUUAAUCCAGAGCUUGAAAAUUUCUUCCGAGAUAUACCAGAUUUUCCCUUAAAAAUUGAGGCAGCAUCGUACGAUGGACUUGGAGGUGGUUACUCGUCAGCGACAGAGACUUCACCUGGUGUUUUUUCAAUAAACUUAUUCAGGCCUCUUGAAGUGCCACUGUUUGAGACAAUGGUGUUGUCUCUACACGAGGCGAAUCCUGGUCACCAUCUUCAGAAUAGUUUUUCACUAAAGGCUGCUUUACCAGACUUCAGAAAGAAUUCUAUUUUGUCAUUCUACAAUGUUCCUAACUGGUUUCCAUUUUAUUCUGCUUAUCAAGAGGGCUGGGGAUUGUACUCCGAGUAUCUGGGCGAAGAAAUGGGAAUGUAUGCGGAUGAAUAUGAAAUGAUGGGUCGAUACAGCUAUGAAAUACUGAGGGCCUCACGGCUUGUUGUGGACACAGGACUGCACUAUAUGAGAUGGUCACGUGAGGAGGCCAUUUCGUAUCUUCAGAAUCAUACCGCUAUGGCAGGGGGGAGUGCAGCCAAUGAAAUUGACCGAUACAUAACAUGGCCAGGCCAAGCUUGUGCUUACAAACUCGGGGAGAUAAAAAUAAAAGAACUGAGACAGAAGGCUGAAAAUGGUCUAGGAGAAAAGUUCGACGUUAAAGAAUUUCAUUUGCAAAUACUAGAGAAUGGAGGGAUGCCAAUGAGCGUGUUAGAAGCUGUUGUUAACGAUUGGAUAGAAAAAAUGAAAAAUGCUAAACCAACAAGUAACAGUAGCCGAGUGAUAUAUGAAUAUACGUUGGUUCUACUUGGUGUUUUAAUUAGUGUCACAACAUAAAACAUCGACACUUCAGAAAGUGUGUACUAGACAAAUAACACGGCUGGAUCUAUAUCCUAUCUAAUGUAUUUUGAAUAAACAAUAAAAAAAUAUGUACAUGUAUUUAAAGGUAGAUAAAAAAUUGAAUAUAUGAUUUUAUCUGAAUGAUAUUUUAAACUUCAAAGUGUUGUAAUAUUGCUUUUUAAAAACAGUAUUUAUGAAAUAAUUUAAUAUGUCAAAACGUCAUUACUGAAAUCAACAAACAUGU